AUGCAUCGCUCUACUGCGAACCUGACAUCCGAAAUCUCCACUUGGCCUGAACGACUCAACCGAGUCCGCGAGUCGGGCACUAUACGAUGCAACUUUAAAGUUUCGGACUCUAGAAAUUGGUCGUUCCUCACACCACGGGGGACCGGACUUCUCGUCGAGAAGCCCCCCGUUUCGGGUCAUCGAAAGGGCCUUACGAGCAACUUGCACCCAACUUUGAAAGUGAAGUUCCUCAAUCUGCUCCUCGUCGGCACCGCAGUGGUUUCCGCGCUCCCCUUUAAACCAGACACGCCGUUGAACCCGAAUGGUUUGUCUGGCCUCAAGGCUCGUGAGCCCGAGAAGCUCAAGGUCGACAAGCGUGAGCCCGAGAAGCUCAAGGUUGACAAGCGCGAGAAGCUCAAGGUCGACAAACGUGAGAAGCUCAAAGUCGACAAGCGCGAGAAGUUGAAGGUCGACAAGCGCGAGCCCGAGAAGCUCAAGGUCGACAAGCGUGAGAAGUUGAAGGUCGACAAGCGUGAGCCUGAGAAGCUCAAGGUCGACAAGCGCGAGCCCGAGAAGCUCAAGGUCGACAAGCGUGAGAAGUUGAAGGUCGAUAAGCGUGAGCCUGAGAAGCUCAAGGUUGACAAGCGCGAGCCCGAGAAGCUCAAGGUCGAUAAGCGUGAGAAGCUCAAGGUUGAUAAGCGCGAGCCUGAGAAGCUCAAGGUUGACAAGCGCGAGCCCGAGAAGCUCAAGGUCGAUAAGCGUGAGAAGCUCAAGGUUGAUAAGCGUGAGCCUGAGAAGCUCAAGGUUGACAAGCGCGAGCCCGAGAAGCUCAAGGUUGACAAGCGCGAGCCCGAGAAGCUCAAGGUCGACAAGCGCGAGCCCGAGAAGCUCAAGGUCGACAAGCGCGAGCCUGAGAAGCUCAAGGUCGACUAA